UGGAGCCGUUCGUCUUCUCUCAGUCAGGUGACCAAGACUCGUAAUCAAAUAUUUAGGGGUCACUCCGGCCAUGGAACAGUCCACACAGCUGUCUCAGACUGUAAUGGAAGUUGUAACCUGUGCCGCCCAAACAGCAUAUGCUGCUCCUUCAUACCAAACUGCUGCAAUGGUAGCCGGAACUCCAGCAGUGAUUGGAGCCAUAUCACCCAACAUACAAACAAACCCGCACCAUCUUGCUUACCAGCAAAUCCAACAGCUUCAUCAUCAGCAGCAGCAGCAGCAACAUCAGCAGCUCCAGACCUUCUGGGCCACACAGAUGUUAGAGAUAGAGCAUGCCAAUGACUUCAAGAACCAUAGCCUGCCUCUAGCCAGGAUAAAGAAAAUCAUGAAAGCAGAUGAGGAUGUCAGGAUGAUCUCAGCUGAGGCUCCUGUGAUCUUUGCGAAGGCAUGUGAGAUGUUCAUACUGGAGCUGACGCUGAGAUCAUGGAUGCAUACUGAAGAGAACAAGAGGAGGACACUCCAGAAGAAUGAUAUAGCUGCUGCCAUCACCAGGACUGACAUAUUUGACUUCCUUGUUGAUAUAGUUCCGAGGGAUGAAUUGAAGGAAGAAGGAUUUGGGAUAGCGAGAGCUGGUUUGCCAGCCAUAGGUGGUCCUGCCAACUCGAUGCCCUACUACUAUGUACCACAACAGCAGCCGGUAACAGGCGCAGGGGGUGAUCAUCAGGAAGCUCGUUGAUCAAGCAGCUACAACAGCAAUGUAGACUGCCUAGCUGCCUUCUCCACUGGUUUACAUGUGGCAGCAGCCCCAGCAGCAGCAAGAUGCCUGAUAGCAGUCAAACUUACGAAAUGGUUAGAGAGCUUUCUGUGUUUCUGGUUUCUUCAGAUUUAGGGUGGUUGGUUUUUAGAUGGAAUGACAUGUUCCCUAAUGUGUCAGAUAGUACUAGUGGUUGUCAUGAUAAGCUAGUGAUGGACCUCUUUUCAGUUGGGUAGUUGGUGAACUAAGUAAAAGCUUUGUAGUUUGCAUGGAGAUGGAAGGGGGGCACAACUUUGUAAAGUGGUGUUUUAUCUCAGCUUCCAUUGUGACUUCAUAGAGAAUAAUCUUUGCUGUUCUUAAUCUAUAACUGCGGCAUC